AUGUACAGUUUCAUGGGUGGGGGCUUGUUCUGUGCCUCUCUGGGGAACAUCCUCCUGGUGGUGUCGACGGUGACAGACUACUGGAUGCAAUACCGAUUGGCAGGUGCCUUUGCUCACCAGGGACUCUGGAGAUACUGCUUCCCUGGCAAGUGCUACAUGCAGCUGGAGAGCAUUGGUAAGAGACAGCUUGGAGCCUGUGUGUGUGUGUGGACUGUGGGAAUGUUCAGGGAUGCAGGAGAGGAUAUAUUGUUUGAUUAUAGCCUUUCCAACUUGUGUAAACAAGUUCACAAUUUAGCAGAGUAACAUUCCCCCUUUUAAAUUCACAGCGGAUGUGUUAUUUCAGGCUCACUAAAGCCUCUAUAAUAAGUGUCCUGGUAUUUCCCCCUUAUUCCCUUAUAAAAGAUAAGACACGACACAGUCUUCUAUAAAAGUAUAAAAAGAGUUUACUCACUCACAUUCUGUUCACAGAUCCCAGAAGGCAGACUUAGCUUAGAAAAGUUACAUACACCUGGAAACUAUCUCAUAAGGAGACAGUCCCUUUGUCCUCUCUCGGCUGGAGGCCAAGAGAGCAUCUUUGGCUAAGCAGAUGUUGCUUCUUCGAUGAAAGUAGUCAUAGAGAGAGAGAUGGCUGCCCUGCCCUGUGCUUUUGUUGUUACCUGCACAGGUGAGGCCACGCCCACCUCUAGUCACAUGCAGAGGAAGUCUGUCCCAGCCCAGAAGGAAACAGGAAGUUUACCUGCUUGCUGGACAAACAUUCCUCCCCAUGUGUAAACAUGUUCACUCUAGGAAUGUUGUACUUGACUGCCCUUGUGUUUCACAUCCCACAUGGACCUCUGUCGCACAUUGAAGAAGCUCAGUGGCGAUGAUCUGCUGAUUUCACAAGCUAAGCUCUGCUCAGGGUUGGACCUACGUUAACCAGGCAGCACAUAAUUUAACUAUGGAACUCACCGCCACAGGAUGCAGUGGUGGCCCCCGAUUUGGACGGCUUUGAAAGAGGAUUAGACAAAUUAGACACUAAAUGCCCUGGGUGAACAAGAAUGUGUUCAAAUUCCUCCUGAAAUUUAAUGAUGGGAGGGAAUGCCAGCGAGGGCAUUCCACAACUGGGGAGCUGGCAGGGGAAAAGGCUGUGUCAUGGGUCAACACCAACCAGGCAGCCCCAGAUGGUGGCACCCCCUCUCCUAGCACUUGGGGGUGUAAAACGUACUAGUACUUGGGGGUGCAAAAUUUGUACUUGAGGGGUCCAGCCAUGGCCAUUCAGUGCACCAUAACCUCUAGGCUAGAUUGCUGCAAUGCAUGGGGCUGCCCCUGAAGACAGUUUGGGAUCUUCAGCUGCAGAAUUCACUGGCCAGGGUGCUCCCUGGGGCAAGAUGGUUUGAGCAUAUAAUGCGGAUCCUGACCCAACUGCACUGGCUGCCUAUUGGUUUCUGGACCCAGUUCAAAGCAGUGGUUUUUACCUAUAAAGCCAUAAAUGGCUCAGGACUGCAGUAACACAAGGACUGCCUCUCUCCGUAUGAACCUACCCGGACCCUGCAAUCAUAAAUGGAGGCACUUGUCUAGGUGCCUUCUCCACGACAGGUGUGGAGGGUGACAAUGCAAGAAUGGGCCUUUUCUGUGGGGGCUCCCUAUUUGAGGAAUGCGCUCCCCAGGGAGGCUCGCCUGGUGCCUUCUUCACAUAUAUGUGCCAGGCAACAAAAACAUUCCUCUAUUCCCAGACCUUUGGCUAAUUGAAUAAUCUAUGGCCUUUUAAACUCUCUGUGUUGGGUUUUUGUUUGUUUAUUACUAUGUAAUGUAUUUGUGUGUUUUUAUAUUCUAAACUGCCCUGUGAUCCUCAAAUGAAAGGAUGGUAUAGAAAUUAAAUAAUUAUUCAAAAUAUUUCUGUCGGCCAUUCCUAUUCUGCUCACCCUAUUCUGCAUUUAGCUAGGCAUAGUAUUCAGUAGCUCUCUCUUCUCUCAGUCUUAUUCCCUGCAGCCUACUGGAAUGCCACCCGGGCCUUCAUGAUCCUCUCUGCUCUCUCUUGCUUCGCUGGCAUCAUCACUGGCAUCUUUUCCUUUGCCCAAUUCUCCACUUUCCAGCGCUUCAACAGAUCCUUUGCGGCCGGCGUCCUGUUCUUCGUUUCCAGUAAGUACCUCUUCUCUCAGUGGAAUUUGCUGCCAAGGAGUGUGGUGGAGUCUCCUUCUUUGGAGGUCUUAAAGCAGAGGCUUGACAACCAUAUGUCAGGAGUGCUCUGACGGUGUUUCCUGCUUGGCAGGGGGUUGGACUCGAUGGCCCUUGUGGUCUCUUCCAACUCUAUGAUUCUAUGAUUCUCGCACAGGUUGAGCUCUUUCUCAAAGCUGCACAACUCGAAGCAGCGCAGAUGCCUAGAGGCAGAUGCUGUGAUUUCAGAUGCAAAAACACAGGAGUAUUCAGGUGAGGGCCCAGGUGCCACACCUGGGCUCCCAAGAUAGGAUGGGGUGGGGGUGGAGAAGGAGGAAAGGGGGAAAUUUCAAACAAAGAUAUAUGCACACACAUUAUGUAUGUAGAUGUGUGUAUACACACACAGUGCUUUUUUUCUAAAAAAAUGUUUAGGGGUACUCUCAUUUUCCUACUCAUAUUGAAAUACUACCCCUGAAUGAGGCCAAACUUAGAUUCACAGAUUGUUUAGGGGUACGCGUACCCCUGCAUACCCCCAGAAAAAGCUCUCUCUCUCUCUCUCUCUCUCUCUCUCUCUCUCUCUCUCCCUCUGUGUGUGUGUAUAUAUAUCUAUUAAUGAAUGAAAAUAUUUCAAUUAAACAACAUUAAGUGAAAAAAUAAAAAAGGAAACAAAAAUGCGAAAAACAGGAAACAAAAAUGCAAAAGGAAACAAAAUGCAUAAAAAAAUACAAAAGAAUAAGAUUUAAAACCAGCCACCAUAAUUCCACACAUGUUUGCCUAAAACAACGGUAUAUCAAGUGAAAUAUAUGUUGUAAAUAUAUAUACAUUUCUUUAUAAUCUACUAUGUUUUAAAAAUAAAUGCACUGGAACUGGUCAGCGUAAAUGCAUUCUUUGUGCCCAAACUACGGCUGAAAGACUCAUAUUGAUCCACGGGAAAGAUCAAUCUAUGCCCCACCCUUUAAUCAAUGGAUAGAAGAUACGGCAACUCUUGCAACACGUGAACAGAUAGCUCAUAUAGACAUACAUUGCAUAUAUGUCUAUAUAUCUAAUAUUUAUAGGACCCGAGACAGGAGAUGCCUCUUUAAGAGCCAGAGUAGUGUCAUGGUUGGAGUUUGCUGGACCGGGACCUGGGAAGACCAGGGUGCCAAUCCCUGCUCAGCCAUGAAGCCCACUGGGUGAACUUGGGACAGUCACUCGCUCUCACCUUAACCAACCUCGCAGGGUCGUUGUGAGGAUAAAAUUGAGGGAGGGGAGGAGAAGUAUGUUAUGUCACCUUGAGCUCCUUGGAAGAAAGCUGGGGAAUGAAUGAAUGAAUGAUUGCCAGCCACUGGGAACUGCAAGUUGGAAGAGAGCCCUGUUGCACUCAGAUCCUGCUUACGAAAUUCCAUUGAGUAUCUGGCUGGCCCCUCUGUGGACUAGAUGGACCUUUGGCGUGAUCCAACAGGACUCUUUUCAUAUUCUUGUUGUUGGUUCAUCUGCUCAUCACGUUAACUCUUCUUCCCUCCCUCCUCUCUUCUUCCCGUGUCACAGCGCUCUUUGUCCUUCUGGCGAUGGGGAUCUACACCGGGGUCACGGUCAACUUCCUUGGCAAGCGAUUUGGCGAGUGGCGUUUCUCCUGGUCUUACAUCUUGGGCUGGGUUGCCCUCCUGAUGACUUUCUUUGCAGGUGAUGAUGUUUGCGGGGGGGGGGGGGAGGGAGAGAAAUGCAUGAGUACAAAAGGAAUGUCUCAUUCCGAGGAUCACAGGGUGGUUCACAACAUUAAAAACAUAGAAGAACAUUACAUAGUCACAAACGAAAACAAUAACCCCCAACACACACACACUUUAAAAGGCCAUAGGUUAUUCAAUUAGCCAAAGGCCUGGGAAAGGAGAAACAUUUUUGCCUGGCUCCUAAAGAUAUGUAAUGAAGGUGCCAGGUGAGCCUCCCCAGGAAGAACGUUCCACAAUCAGGGAGCCACUGCAGAAAAGGCCCUGUUCUUGUGUUGCUCCCCUCUGGACCUUUUGUGGAGGAGGCACAUAAAGAAGGGCCUCAGAAGAUGGUCACAGGGUCCUGGUUGGUUCCCAGGACUCCCUGGGUUGUGGGGGUGGAACUCUCACUUUUUAAAUCCCGUGGAACCCAUUAGCAUUGCACUGUUUCUAUAUUUUUAUCACUUGAUUUGCUUUAUGUGCAUGUGUUUGAAUCAAUACACUUUUGGAAGUGCUUGCAAGAGAAAGAUGGGAUAUAAAUUUGAUGGAUAAAUAAAUGAAGUUCAGUUCACUUUGUCAUGCUAGUUUUGCAUUGACUUUUGCUAGGAUUCUGCUAUGUUGCGUCCAAUGGGAAAUGCAUUACAGAAUUAUAAAAUUGUAGAGUUGGAAGGGACCUUGAAGAUGAUCAACUCCCUGUGUUACAGAAAUAUGCUGCUUCCCCGUACGGGGAUCAAACCUGCAACCUUGGCAUAAUCAGCACCAUGCUCUAACCAACUGCUAUAUUAUUUAUAUAUUAUAUUAUAUUAUAUUAUAUUAUAUUAUAUUAUAUUAUAUUAUAUUAUAUUAUAUUAUAUUAUAUUAUUGCACCUUCUUUUCUCUCUCCUCCAAUGUGCAGGUAUAUUUUACAUGUGUGCCUACAAGAUGCACAAAUGCCAGCAACUGGCUGUGAACCGCUAG